CAGACCUGACAACUACUAGCAGCAGUCCAGACAGAGACAGAGACAGAGACGUGCCUUCUUCUUGUCAAGACUUCAUUUGCAGACCUGCGGGGAAACAUGAAGAGAGCUCAGGAUUCCAGCUCUUCCGAUAGCGAACUAGACACUGAAGUGGAAAAGGAAAGCACUGAGGAAAAUGAGAAUGUCUGUUCCUCGAAUGACACCCCACCUUCAGCAUCCCAGGCGAGGAAGCGGCGGAGGGGGGUAGUUGAGAAACGACGCCGUGACCGCAUCAACAACAGCUUGUUGGAACUACGCAGACUUGUGCCGAGCGCCGUGGAGAAACAGGGAUCUUCUAAACUAGAGAAAGCUGAAAUCUUGCAAAUGACAGUGGAUCACCUUAGGCUACUCCAUAAUGCUGGUGGGAAAGGUUACUUUGAGGCCCAUUCGGUGGCCAUGGACUACAGGAGCCUGGGCUUCCGCGAGUGUCUGGCUGAGGCGGCUCGCUACCUCAGCAUAGUGGAAGGCCUAGACGCCACAGACCCUCUGCAGGUCCGCCUGGUGUCCCAUCUCAGCAGCUACGCGUCCCAGAGAGAGGUGCUGCCGCCUGCACUGGGCCAGUCUCCAGCCUGGGGCCCAGCCUACAGGAGCCCUUUACCUGGCCCCCAUCAUCCUCCUCCUCCUCUCCACCCCCUCCACUUCCCACUCAAGCAGACCCAUCACAGCAUGCCUUCAGCAGGGUCACAUCGCUCCAGCUCCCCUCUUUCCUCCUCCUCCUCGUCCCCCACUGCACGUCUCCCUGCUUCCUCUCCACUCAGCAUCUCGACCUCCUCAGCCAAACCUCGCUCCUCACAGAUCCCCCACAGUGGCCCCACGGAACACAUCCUCAACCCAGCCACCGCAGCAGCAGCAGCAGCCAAACUCCCACCUCCGUUCCUGGCUUCGCCCCUCUCCUCCCUCUCCCUGUCCGGCUUACCCCUCGGCCUGGCUGCCUUCCCCCUGCUCAGCACCUCCAGCAGUCCAGCUGUACCAGGGGCCGCAGCGGCGAGGCCAUACCGGCCUUGGGGAACCGAGGUAGGGGCUUUCUAACCACCAGACACCCUCCUACCCUCCAACACUCCUCCAACAACUGACUCUGAAGGCUCUGGCUUGGGAUUUUUCAUCCUUAAAAUGAAAAAGAUGGUGUGCAGUUGGCCGUCCUCAUGAUGUAUUGAAAGAAUGAUGUGUUUAAAGAAAAAGAGGUUCUCAAACUAUAGGUAACUCUCCUUUAGCUUAACUUUUUAUUUAUGUUCACACUGGUAGUGCAUCGUAACUGUGUAACUAACUGCAUAGUUCCUGCAUUCCAGGUGGCAUCUUAAAGAAAAGUGAAGGUAAAUGGUUCUUUUUAGAUACUUUUAUUCCCUUUAUGGUGUUUUGCAUCAGCACCUUCAUGAUACUGUGCAGCCUUGGCUUUUGAUUGUUUGUUUGAGGCGCGGUGAAGCCCCAUCACAGGGUGAGAAGAGUCGACAGCUGAGCUGGAGCACUGUACUGUAUAUAGCAGGAAGAAAGAGACUCUUGAUCUUAAAGGUGCACUGCAUAACAUUUUUGAUAGUUUAUUUCCAGAAUUGACGCUGCCUAUUCAACAAUGCUACCUUUUUUAUGAAUACUUACCACCAUAAUAUUUAUGAAUAUUUACCACCAUAAAAUUAUUCGUUAUGACAACAAAAUUACACUUAACAUGCAGAAAAGGAUCUUCUCCAUGUCCGCCAUUUUGAAUUUCCAGAAAUAGACAUAUUUAGCUGCAAAACUUACUAUACUUUGGUCACACUAGUAAAUAUUAGUUUAUUACAUAUUCAUACAUAUUCAUGAAAAGAUCAAAUUUGGCAAUAGCCAGCACAGUUUUGAUGAGAUGCAUAUUUGCAAUACCUACUCUGACCAUCAUCCUACACAGUGCACCUUUAAUAAAGAUGACUGGAAAGUCCAGUAGUGGGCUAGCUAGCAUGACAAAUUGAUUUCUUGUUGUGACAAGCUGAUCAGCCUGUGUUGAGCAACUGAGCAGCAUGUUUUCUUUACUGGAUACGGUGCCACUGUCUGUUGUAGUGCCAAUUAGCACAUCAGAACAGACACAUGUUUACACCAGACUCCAGUUAAUGUGUCUCAGUUGUCCAAUGUGCUCUUUGAGGGAGUCUCUGUUUCCAUUCUGUACAUGACAAAUUAAUGAUAUACUGCGGUGUUUUGAAGGGUUUUCUUUUUCAUGAUGUCAAGAUUGUGCACUGAAGGUUCUCGUGAAGCUCUGACGUCUGGUAAGAAUGACAACUGUAACCCUUAGGAGAAUGUAAUUGCGACAAAGAUGCCACCAAAAAUGGGCAUACUUUUGGAUUAUUUUUAUUUUUAUAUAUAAAGCAACAGCACGUAGUCACUGAAAUUGUAAGUGCAGGAUCUGUAUGUGGAAAUGAGAGUUCUUAUUGUUCUCCACUUCUGGAUUACCCAUUUCAUGUGAAUGAGAAGUUUGAUUUUCAGAUAUGUCUAAAUAAAGUUUAUUUCUAUGGGAAAAAAACAAGCAUAGGCCUAUCUAUAUUUUGUGACAUAAAGUUCUGUUUCUAACCAUGAAAUCAUCAUGCAAAUAGAUGCACAUACAAAUGAGGAGUUUGACACAGUCAUCUCAACAAGCCUGACAGCAUCCACUACAGCCAAUGCCACCACUGACCUAGUCUCAUGCUCUGGCUAUUCAGCUCGUCAGACCGCACGACCCCUGUGAAAGGAGCAGGAAACGGCUGAGGAAGUAAUCCACAAAGGCUCUCUGACCUCUUGUUUCUGAGCGUGUCAGUGGUGUGAGAAGGGGAGUGACUGUUGUCUCUGGGGUUGCAUCUCAAUUCACUUUUGAUUUUUGUUUUGGUAUCUUGAUAAUAUGCUUCGAUUCAUUUAAAAAGACAUUCAGCGAACAAAGGCAGUUGACCAGAAGUGAGUUUCACACGGUCAGACGGCGCCUAGCGAGGCUACACUGACACCUGCUGGUGAGACAAA